AUGGCUCGCCACUCGCCCUUUCAGUGUUUCACGCUCUCAUUGUUGAUUCUGCCGCCAUUGCUGUUGGCGGCGUAUUUCAUGGCUGCCUUUCCAAAGCCCCCAGCGCCGAUACACGUACAUUCGUCGUUGGCGAGCUUGCCACCGACGUCGAAGACGUGGUCGAUUUACCCUGAGGAUAUCUACCCGGGCGGUGCUUAUGCUGAUCUCCCUUAUGGUCGGGUGCGGUACUGGCUAUUGGGGCCUGAGAAUGGGAAGAAGGUCGUGCUUAUUCAUGGGCUUUCCAUUCCGUCCAUAAUCUGGAAAGACGUAGCGCCAUCUCUAGCAUCUAAUGGAUAUCACGUUCUCCUGUAUGAUCUGUAUGGCAGAGGUUAUUCCGACGCACCACAAAUUACCUAUGAUCCUACGCUAUACACGGUCCAGCUUGCCCUUCUAAUGCAGCAUAUCCACUGGGAAAAGGCUAUCGUCUGCGGGGUUUCGAUGGGUGGUGGGAUAGCAGCUACUUUUACUUCCCAAUUCCCUAAUCUCGUGGAUGAGAAUAUAGUUCUCGUUGCUUCUGCGGGUAUCAUGGAGUCCACGGAUAUCUCACGCACGGCUAAAUUCAUGUCUUCUCCUCUUGUCCAGACCCUGGCUUCGAGUGGCCCUGUCCGACGACUUGCCAAUCAAACAAGCUCCAACCUACCCGUCGACCCGGUGAUGGAUCUGGAAUCGGAGAUGGAGACGAAAGCGCGCCAAAGGGGUCGAGAUUCUGUUCAGGCAGCUGUUGAAAUAGUCCGUCUCCAAUCAGCACAUCUCCCUGGAUAUAAUGCGGCCCUUUCGAGUUCCUUGCGGGACGGACCAAUUCGAGGUCAGAAAGAAGCUUUCUCGAGUAAAGGCUUUGAAGGACGUAAGGUCUUAUUGAUACACGGCACAAUGGACACGACAGUGGACCCGAAGUACUCUCCCCAAAUACUGCAACUGUUGCCUAAAGAGACAAGGCGACGGUCCAAACUUGUCCAGGUGGAAGGGGCCGGUCACGAUGUCACGCUCAGUCACCCUGACCGGGUGGCUGGUGCUAUGCGGGCGUGGUUCGAGGGGAAGACAGAAGUCUAA